ACUCUGCUGGCAUGUCAACCGAACCGGUCUUUUUAUCAUCACGAGGUUUUGAAAUAGACGCAAACGAGGCUCUUUUGGAAUAAAAGUUUCGGUGCUCAUUCACGCCCGGCAAUUAGCUGCGAAAUGCCGCCCGUCGCUUACAUAACGAGGAAGGAAACGCUCAGCGCCUGCCACAGACUGCACAGCUUAACGCUCAGCGACGAGGAAAAUAAGAGGAUUUUCAGCAAAUGCAACAACCCUAAUGGACACGGACACAAUUAUACGGUUGAGGUCACUCUGAAGGGACCUAUUGAUCCUGACAAUGGCAUGGUUGCGAACAUUUCCGACUUGAAGAAAUACAUGCAGGUGGCCAUAAUGGACACAAUGGAUCACAAGAACCUGGACAAGGAUGUUGCGUACUUUAAGGAUGUGGUCAGCACCACCGAGAAUGUGGCCGUCUUCAUCUGGAGCGGCAUCAAGACCCAGCUGCCCGAUCCGAGCAUGCUGUACGAAGUCAAGGUGUACGAAACGGACAAAAACAUUGUAAUUUACCGCGGAGAAUAGCUGAGCCGCUUAAAUUUCCUAUUUCCGCCAAAUUGUCUUUUUUCUCAUCAAAAAUUUUAUAUACGAAAGGGAACUUUUGCGGUUCGUCGAGCACAAGUCGAGGCGGAUAAAAAUAAAAAAGGAAGUAAAAAAAAAAAACUGUACGUUUCCACCUGAAAUUGCAUUUAAAGCUACUGAUAAUAUAUAAGAAACCGAGGGCGAUUCAAACUUAAACUGUGCUAUUUUUUACUUGUGAUUAAUCAGAAACAAAUUUACAUUAAAAUUUAAUUCAUAGCGUUUUAUACAUUUAUUAUAAAAUUACAAAUCCUCAGAUAACAAUUAGUUUCAACAAACUAAAUUGAAUCUAGCGAUUUGUACAUUUGAUUAAAAAAAUCCCACACUAUCAUUGUAGUGCCACUAUAAGAAGUUUAACAGAAGUUAAAAGUAAAGGAAAAGUUUUUCACUAUCUAGCUGCCUAGCUCGCUUUUGUAGGACUGCGGUUGCAAAGAAAAUCACAGCAAGAAUUAAAAAUAAUUAUACUGUACUUUUUUUCCUUCUUCGCUCUGGCUAACAAUUUGUAAUUACUGACAAUGAAUCAAAUUGUUACAUAAUAUCGAUGUUAUAUUUGCAUUGUUUUAUACUGUAUAUGUUGAAUCUCUUGAAUGCUCUCUUUAACAAAAAGAAAAAUCGACCAAAUAAAAAUAAAAUUGCAUUUUAUGAUUAUUUGCUCAAUUUUUCUGAAAAAUUUAUCGAAUAAAUUUUGAGUUUUCUCUACCGGGUGGAUUUGGGUUGAGGUCAAAUCUCUUUCAAGCCAAACAUCGAAACUUAAAGUGAGCUGGAUCAGUUUUCCCAUCACUAAGGAUCCCUUUAAAGGGCUUGUUUCGCAGCAGGUUGCAUAAUCUAAUAUUAAAGCUAUCCCGGGAAACACUAAAUUAACUUUACCUUUCCAAACACGCUUUGAAAGAAGGGAUCAACCCCAAAAUCACAAGUGUACAAGGAUUUCCAGGAAAUGAAAAUUUUUGUGUUAUUCAACGGGUUGCGUUGCACGCACAAAGGCUAUUAUAACCUUUUUGAUCAAUGACCCCUGUUCGCUUCCACUGAUAAAUUAGGUCAGAAUAAAUUGUUCGAAUCGCCCUCGACAUUCCUCCAAAUAUGUUGUAUAUUUUUUUUACGCCGACGGAAUAAAAUUUUCCACUCGAAAUGA